ACUCAAUCAAGCACCUUUGUACCCUUUCAGAUUCAACAAAUUUUGACAUUAAGCUGGGAUUACUGGCAUUGGGUCUUCUGUUCAUUAACAGGCGCCUCAGAUACCGCUGAUUGAGCGAAAAGUCCCUCCACGCAAUCAUGGCACCCUCUAUAGAGGGGAUGCGCGACGUGACCCCGUACUUUCUACUGUUGUUAACUGUAUCCGCCCUUGGACCGCUGCAGUUUGGCUUUCACUUGGCCGAACUCAACGCUCCUCAAGAUGUUAUAACCUGCAAGAAAUCCUCCAUCUGGGCCGUGGGCGCCGCGAUCCGCUCAAUCGUGGCAGGAAGCGCCAGCACCGCAGGGAAGACUACCGACUGCAUUCCCAUGACCGAGGCUGCUUUCGCAACCAUCUCCUCAAUAUUCACCCUCGGUGGCCUGGUGGGCGCGCUCGCUUCCGGGCCUCUGUGCAGUCGUCAAGGGCGCCGACUGGCGAUGCAAUACACCGCCGUGGCCUUCCUGGUCGCCUCGUUCAUCGAGGCCAUCGCCAACAGCGUCUUCGUCAUGGCGCUUGGUAGGCUGAUCAACGGUCUGGGUGCCGGCGCGACCACCGUCAUCGUCCCCCUGUACAUCUCGGAAGUAGCACCGCCCGGCAAGAGGGGGUUCUUUGGUGCCUUCACGCAGAUCGGCACAAACAUCGGCAUCUUGAGCACGCAGACUCUCGGAUAUUUCCUGUCGCACGGCUCCUCCUGGAGGUGGAUCAUGGGUGCAGGCGUCAUCGUUGCGGGGAGCCACGUCGCAGGUCUCCUCUUUGUCCCGGAGAGUCCUCCUUGGCUGGCUGCGCAUAAGGGCGAGGUCAACAAGGCGCGGGAUACUCUGCAGCGGAUCCGUGGCAACAGUGCCAGCAUUGAAGAGGAGGUCGCAACUUGGGGUUCCCACACAGAUGAUGACGACGUUAUCGUCAACGAGACACAGGGCCUGCUCGCCACCGCCGGCGACGCCGAGACUGCUCUACCUGCGCCACAUGCCGUCAAGUCCAGCCCGCCAGUACAUGUGGGCUUCGUCCAGGUCAUCCGGGAUCCCUUCUACCGUCCGGCAAUUGUGUCGGUUGUGGGAAUCAUGGUUUCCCAGCAGAUCUGCGGUAUCAACAGCAUCAUCAUGUACAGCGUGUCGCUACUGGAUGGCAUGCUUCCGGUCAACUCCGCGCUGAUUACCAUCUUUAUCUCGAUCAUCAACCUCUUCACGACUGUUGCAUGCUCGCCGCUUCCUGAUCGACUGGGUCGCAAGACCUGCAUCCUCCUUUCGAUUGCAGGACAAGGUGGCAGCUCUCUCGGCCUCGCACUCAGUAUCCUCUUCGGCGCCAAAACGCUCUCGGCUGUUUUUGUGCUUCUUUUCGUCGCCAGCUUUGCCGUCGGCUUGGGCCCUGUCCCGUUCAUUAUGGCCAGUGAGCUGGUGGGUCAGGAAGCUGUCGGAGCGGUGCAGAGCUGGAGUUUGGCAGCCAACUACUUGGCGACGUUCCUUGUGGCGCAGUUCUUCCCCAUUAUCAACACGGCCCUGAACCAAGCCUUUGGUGGUGCGGGAUAUGCCUUCUUCAUGUUUGCCGCCUUUGCCACCAUGUGCUUUGCCUUUAUCUCCAUCUAUGUGCCCGAGACGCUCGGCAAGAAGGAUGCCGAUGAGGUUUGGGGCAGGACUGUAACGGACAGGCGGAUCGACUGAGUCCGGACCCGAGUGUUUUGAAUGAUGGAAUAGAUCCACUCGUGAUAUGUGUUUGUUUCGGGGGAAAGCUGCGUAGGGUGAGUGAUAUUAUGAAAUCGAAAUGGAAAAUGGGAAUACAGAAUACCGGCAAGGAGUUUAAACGGGUCUUUUGGAGUUACAGUAUGUGGGUUUCUUUUUAUUUUUGGGUUUUUGGAAUCUCUUGGGUUAUAUCAUGUCGACUGUAAUGUAUACUCUUUCCAGCCGAAUAAAUGCCCCAGAGGUAUUAAGAUACCUAUCAAUUCACAAGAGUUUAUGACCUUUGCUUGCGGUGCCUCACUGCAAUACUACCCAAACAAUCGUGCGCUACGUACCGUCUCAAGCAGUAACCCGGCCCCAGCCUUAACGCCGUCAAUGACAAAUAUCUUCUCCUUGUCGCCAUACUCCUCGGUCACCACACUCCGAAUGAUGGCUUCCAGUCCGGCCAUGCCAGCACAACCCAUAACAACCACCCGGACCUUGGAGCUCUUGAGCAGCUUCCUGGUCGCAUCCUUCAGCUUGGCAUCGACAACGUCCUGCGGUACGCCACCGUGGAAAUCCCCCGCGUUCAGCCCCGUCGUGUACACGCCCGCGAACCUGCUGGUUUGCUGCUCCCCGCCCCGCACGCCCAGGAAAUCCCUGACGCCGUCCGUCAGGUGCUGCUCCCAGAACUUGCCGGUCGUGACGACGCCAAACGUCGUGUCGGCAUAGGGCUCCAGCAGCGACAGGGCCGAGAGCACGCUCGCCUCGAAGAUUCCCAGGACGGCCUUGCCGUGGGGGCCCUGCAGGCGGACGACAAGCGGGUGGACGCUGUAGCAGGCGACCAGGAUGCCGUCGUAGUCCAGGCUGGAGACGUCGCCCAGCGCGGGGAGGACGGCGUCGGUAGACGAGGCUAGGUCGUCGGCGUCGUUGAUGCUGGCCGGGCUGGUGGCGGGGCCGGUUUGAUAGUGGAAGGCGCAGUUGGUGAAGCCUUGGGAUUGGGCCUAUUGGGUUGGUGGUGCUGCCUGGUCAGGGUGAUUGGGUAGGUGGGUGGGUGUUGAGGUAGGGUUGAAAGAAGUCAUUUGAAAUGAAUCUGUAGAUGUGGGAAUUCAUGUAUGACUUACAACAGAAUCAAUC